UCCUCGUGACCGUAAUAUAACAUUCAGGGUUCGUGACUAGAAAAACUUGAUUGCUCUAAGCCAGAGUCAACAAAGGUGUGUCAUCUUUGUAAAGCACAGAGAAGAUAAAACAGUCUAAGAUUACCAAACAGAACAAUGGAGCCCCAAGAAGACUGGAAUACAUCAGAGAAAUCCAAGCUGCUGCAGCCUGGGCCGCCUCCAUACCAGGACCAUCUUAGACAGCCUCCUCCAGGGAACUUCCAGAGCACUUCUGGCUAUCAAGCCCAGCAGUAUGGAGCUCCAGGGCCUUACGGCCAAGGGCCUUAUCCAGGACAUGCUGCGGUUACUGUGCAACCUGCAGUUUAUGUGACCUCCACUCCACUGGUGUAUCCACUGCCAGAUUACCUGGGCUACUCCAUCUUUACCACGCUGUGCUGCUGCUUACCUCUGGGUAUCGCUGCGCUGGUUUUCUCUGUCAACACUCGGAAUGCCAACAUGUCUGGGCAACAACAGUUAGCAGAGAGAAACUCCAAAAUGGCGUUCACUCUUAAUAAUAUUGCUCUUGGUAUUGGCAUUGUCGUCUUGGUGUUGUAUGUCACUCUCAUCGUUGUCCACAAUAAACAGCACUCGGAUCCAUAACUGUUCAGGAACACAAGGAAUGGCAAGAUAGAGGGCUUUCCAAAAAAUAACACUGUAUAUGACAUAAUAAAUUGACAUUUCCUUCUGGCUCUUUUGUAGUGUAAAAUUAUUGUUACUAAAACAUGCUUUAAAGCUGAUUAUCUUAUGUUUUAAAAUCGUGUGAACAGCGACCAUCGCUGUAUAAAUAUUGAUGCUUGUUUUUCUUCCUGUCUUUUGAUUAUGUAUUUUAUUAAAACUUUAAAUGACCAAUAAUGCCCACCUAUUUUCUUUUUAAUAACCGCUUGAGCACUGUCCGUUCUUAUUCCUAAAUAAAUCACUCUUAUAAGA